GGUUGCUUGGAAAGGAAGUGCUAAAAUCUAUUGUAUUUAACUUCACCCAAGGGACCAUUCAGGCUUAAAAGCAAUAUAAUUUCACAGUUUAUUUGUGWCAGCUUUUCAAGAGAGUGAAUACAGCUGAUGUAAAGUUUGUACAUUGGACUUCACUGCRUAACAUGGCGGCUGUGUUCCAUCUCGCCAUCCUCGAAGGAGAUGUAACGAAAGUUCGUUUUCUGUURAAGUAUAGUCCCGGACUUCGCGUCGAUAGUGUUAACAAAUUAGGCCUYACAGCUCUACAGCAAGCGGCACUCGAUGGUAAUGUAGAUAUGGUAAAUUUUCUACUUGAAAAAGGCGCUGAUUUGAGUUGUGUUGAUACCGACGGACGUACAGCGCUUCAUCUCGCUUCACAAGAAGGUCAUUUAGGRGUUGUGAGUCUAYUAGUUACGUCUGCCUGUGCAAAUGUGAACGCUAAGACGAAACAAGGCUACAAAGCUAUCGAUCUGGCAAAAACUGAUCAAGUUCGAGCACUUCUUUCGCAGGCAAUGUUAACCGAGAGUUUUAAAAGAAAGUGUUCACUUGAYGAGGACGAUUUCGACACGUCUGCCUAUGCUGGUUAUAGGAAUAUUCCUGGUUGUAGRAACUCGUUAUCGAGUGCUUCUACAGACUCAGGAGUUUAUGAUGACUCGUGUUCAUCGCAAGAUAGCACUAGCGACUUUAAGUUUUACCGUACAAAUCGCGUGUCUAGCUUGCGUGGUUACCCAUCAAGAUAUUCUAUGAUAAGUGAAUUGGAUGCUUAUGAUACGCGAUGUCGAUCGAAUAGCGCUCGUGUAAGUCGCAUGGAUGGUUCWCCUGUCAACUCCAUACUCAAAAGUAACUCAUUCUCAGCGAAAAAAGACAGCGAGAAUAGCACAGCAAAAGAGUCAAUCRUAGAAAGAACCAGAGCGGAAAUGCAGAGAUACAGGCGACCACAACCGAAAGCUUACGUGAGGGACGUACGUAGACGUAGAACUGUGACGUUCGGUUUAACGGAGAAAGAAAGAGAAACAGAGCGAGCUGAGACUUCAGUCGAUUACGACGUUUCAUACGGUAUUCAAAACCGUGUACAACAGGAAGGAAAUGCUACAACAAGAACUAUUACUAGACAACUUCCUCAGGUACCUCCCCGUGUGCCUCCGAGGGUGAAAUCACCCCCUGUACCGGCUCAACGAACAUCACCGAGAUCCUCACCUCCGGUUCCAAGCCCUAGAACUACACCAAGUCCGACUCCAAGUCCUAGACCGACUCCAAGAGCAUCUCCACCWCCAGUACCGAGCCCACGAUCGCCUCCAAAUACAUCCCCUCGAAUGCCUCYUCAAAAUCACCCAUUAAUUCCUCCUAGGAGUGCUCUUACGCCACGAUCUGCGAGCUUAAAGGCUAGAGGAGAGCCGGAGGGUUACCGGGUAGUACCUAGAAGACCGCGAAGUGAGUUUGAACGUGGUCGUGAUGUACCUAACCGCAGAAGUUGUCAUGCAGGGUUUUCAUCGCGUGGUGCCAACUAGCACUCGAGACGAAAAGUCGCUAUUUUACAAGGACAGAAACUGAGUACAUAAAUAGUGAUUUUAAUGUCGUAACGAAAGGACAUAACCGCAAACGAUUUCACGCACUUUUUACGCUCGAUACGACAUUUAAUUAACACCCACUACUGAUAAAAAACAAAAACACUAAGAAACUUUAAUUUAGCUAAAAAGUUAUUCAAAAUCAAGUAGACUUUCCUUAUGUUUCUCAAUGCACAUGACUGCAAAUAUAGAAUACACAAUUUCAGAUGAUGGAAGAAUCCGUCCUGAAAAACGCUACUGAAGUUUCAAAUUGGAAUGGUUUUYGGAAGACAGGAAUUCUCAGAGCGUGCAUAGUCAGCGCGCGGUUUGGAUUCGACUGCAUUCGAGAGAAAAAGUCGGUUGAUUUYAGUCCGAAAGUUAUUCCAGAAGAAGUCUCAAGUUGUUAUCGCGGGUAGGCGUAAUGUAUACUUAACCGCAGAACAAAUUUACACGAAGUUUUCUGUACGCGGUUUUUAAUUUACACUAAKCAUAGGAAGACUUUUGUGAUAAUGAGAACGAGAUCGCUACGUUCAACGUUUAUUCUUCAUUUUUUCUAUUUUCAACUAGGAAGACUUAGUUUUCGGUGAAUUUUGUAUUCAAAAGAAGCACAAUUUAAUAUAUUAUAUUUCAUUUGUAGAUGCAAACAUUCACAAAAUAUAUUUAUAUAUAAACAAUUAUAUUCAUUGUUAUURUUGGGGUUUUUGUAAAAAAUAAUAGGUAUAAAGAUCACCUUUUKUAAAUAUACACAAUGGAAAUUUGUAUGAUUUUGGUGGUGACAAUAUGUUAAAUAACAUGCUUAAUAAAUUUGUAAUUUCCCAAAAUAGCGAUGAUCUUAGUCAAUAUACAAACACAUUUCUCCUACUGGUUUAUACAGUGGAUAUUAUGUUAAAUAAAAUGACAAUUUGAUGUCGGGAUCUCUUAGCAACGGUAUAAACAUGGCAGCAGGUACAUCGUGGAGAAACUUCAUUUCAUGCACAAAUAAUACAUAACGUAUUUGGGCAUUUUAUUUUGAAAGCAAUAUGUUCAAGGGGCCGUGAGUCAUGCACAAAAAGCACUUAGAACGUUCUAGAAAUAAUGCAGGAGGUCGUUUUAUGCUAGAAGCUGAGGAGCGAUAUAUCGGAGGGCGUUAUUUAGGCACAAGUACUCUAGAAAUAAACCGGGAACAUUAACGUAAAGUCUGUAUCGCACAGUAGUUUAUUAGCUAGAAAUAGUAUAGUACAAAAACUGCAAAUUUGUAAGGAGCAUAACUGUAUUGAUAUUUCUUAAUUAAAGCGUAUUUUCCGYUUCCCAAGA